AUGUCGGUCGAAAAUACCCAUGGCACCCGGCCAGGUCGCUUCUUCGAUUCCGAGAACCUCAAGCGUCACAACUACACCUGUGAUUCUUCUUUACAAUCUCCGUCUACUGACAUUCCCAGCUCAUCUGAGUCCGGAGCCAUUUUCAAUGCAAUCAGAGUCACAACUCCAGAGGGAAGUACUCGACUUCCUAGAUCCGCCUACAAUAUGGGCCCCAUCAUGGAAGAAGGACUAGCAGCCAACAUCGCCAUGUUCAUUCCCACAGCUCUCGACGGCCACCAGUCAUCCGAACGACUUCCACACAACGAGAGACGACAAGUCGACACUAUAUGGUGGCGCAAACAAAUGCUCUCCGACCAGUCUCCACAUCAGACGCCACAUCUGGGCGCCGGUCCAUUCACCGAGACGAUCUUGGCUACAGGUACUACUAGAAACUUGCACCAAAAAGCACUUUCUCUCGAUACAGCAGAAGGAAAGCAACAUGUUCCUCGCUGGCCUGCGAAUCUGGGUGCUGCUGUUUCCACUGUUUGGCCUCAAUAUCCACCCCCAGAGAGACAGCCUACGCCUCCAGGACUCCCAUCAUUCAAUACCCCAGAGGCAGUUUAUUGCUCUGCACAUUUCCUGGUAGGAGAUAAUGGCAGACGCCAUUCGUGCGGGACCCAAGGCAACGGCCAACAAACACACUCAUACGGCGAUGCACUGCUUCGAUUCUUCGGCCUGUCACCCUCAACUGAGAUCGCACCAGGCGGUCUCUCUAUGACUGGGAUCGGACGAGCAGACGAUGGAACCAUUGUCCAGGGCCGAUUUCCAUAUCGACAAAGUGGCCACGGGAUAAACCUAAAUCGGCAGCUAAAUGACCACCCCUUCCAUCAAGGCAAUCUUCCCAUCGCUGAAAAUGAGGCUGAGGAAUUGAGACAUGAGGGUGGAAUCGAUGGCACGUGUACCAAGGAUCCGGGAACUCGUUCGCGGAGGCGUAUUGGGAUCUACACGCCACUCUCCAUUGGAAGAUUGUCGCCAUUCUCAGGUGAUACUUCCGACUCUGCUAUGUUACCACGCCCACGAAAUCAGGGCAGGGCUAUUGCACUGCUCGGACUUCGGCGGUCUUCGACUAUCCAGAACGGAGCCACGGCUGCCCCGUUGGCCGUGGCAUCAUCUGUUCAAGGCGUGGGAGUGAUAGGAGAUCAGAUCGCCCUUGUAUCUUCACCUUCACCGUUACACUCAACUCGAACACCAGAUAUUCCUGAGGAUCUUGUAGACGGCGAGACUCCUGAAGAAGGACACAAACUCUACUAUGAUCUUCUCUCUUGUAUACCCACUCGGCUAUCUCUUUGUUGUUCGGACCGUUGUAUCCGCAAGCGUCGUUCAAGUAUGGAGACUCUCGACGUUGUCACUACCGGCGAAACAUAUUUGACUGCUCGUGACGAUCAGGGCCGUGGGCGGGAUCGUGGGUGGUGGGGAUUCUCUUUGGAAGUACCGUCCAUGCCCAAUUUCGGGUGA